AUGGCUUCUUCUCUACCACACCCAAAGAUUGUUAAGAAACAUACUAAGAAGUUCAAGCGUCACCACUCUGACAGAUAUCACAGAGUCGGUGAAAGCUGGAGAAAGCAAAAGGUAUUGACUCUGUUGUUAGAAGAAGAUUCAGAGGGUAACAUCUCUGAACCAAAGAUCGGUUACGGUUCUAACAACAAGACCAAAUUCUUAACCCCAUCUGGUCACAAGACUUUAUUAAUUGCUAACGUUAAAGAUUUAGAAUUAUUAACCAUGCACACCAAGUCCUACGCUGCUGAAAUUGCUCACAACGUUUCUUCCAAGAAUAGAGUCACCAUCUUAUCUAGAGCUAAGGCUUUAGGUGUUAAGAUCACCAACCCAAAGGGUAGAUUAGCUUUGGAAGCUUAG